AUGGCCAGUACCUUCAUCUCUAGCAGACUCCCAGGUCUGCAGCAUGAAGGCAUUGCAUCUGUCUCUACUCGAUAUGUGCCCAUGGACACUACCUGCAGGCUCGGGCUGCAGAUUUGGGGAUUCUUGUGGUCUGGGAAGCAGGGUGUCAGGAACAGGAGUGAAGUCUCAACCUGCUCUGUUCCCCCCACAGAGAUCCGAGAGGCCUUCAAAGUCUUUGACCGAGACGGCAAUGGCUUCAUCUCCAAGCAGGAGCUGGGCACAGCCAUGCGCUCCCUGGGCUACAUGCCCAAUGAGGUAGAGCUGGAAGUUAUCAUCCAGCGACUGGACAUGGACGGUGAUGGCCAAGUGGACUUUGAGGAGUUUGUGACCCUCCUGGGACCCAAGCUCUCCACCUCGGGGAUCCCAGAGAGGUUCCUUGGCACUGACUUUGACACUGUCUUCUGGAAGUGUGACAUGCAGAAGCUGACUGUGGAUGAGCUGAAGCGGCUGCUCUACGACACCUUCUGUGAGCACCUGUCCAUGAAGGACAUCGAGAACAUUAUCAUGACGGAGGAAGAGAGCCACCUGGGCACGGCUGAGGAGUGCCCCGUGGAUGUAGAGACCUGCUCCAAUCAGCAGAUCCGCCAGACAUGCGUGCGCAAGAGUCUGAUCUGCGCCUUCGCCAUCGCCUUCAUCAUCAGUGUCAUGCUCAUCGCGGCCAACCAGGUGCUGCGCAGCGGCAUGAAAUAGGCACCGCCUGGGCACCUCAUCUGGCGCACGUGGUGCAUGGGGGCCCCUCCACACCCACCACCGCCUGCAGUCCUCUCCCUCAGCCGCUGCCUGAGCCACCACCACUUCGUGUAUAUCGGGGCCUGGACAUCCAGCGACCCCACCCCACCUGCCCUUGCAUGGAGCCGUGGCCCAGCUGUGGAGGGCCUGGUGGUGGCUCUGAGGACGGCCUCCAGCCCUGCCUGUACCCUGCCCCUGCCCCACCCUGGCCUGUAUGUAGCACUAACUCUCGCCACUGUCCAGGGGCUCCUGGGAAAUUAAGGAGGAGUUUGUACAGGGCCCAGUAGCUGCUGUGGCCCCUUAGGCAGGAAGGGGCACCCUGUGCCCAGGGCCACACAGCUAGCCGGACCCUGGUCCCUGAGGUUUGGGCCAUAGGCAGGGUGCUGGAGGUGGGACAGAAAGACUCUUUGGGGGUGGGGGGGCAUGAGGCAAGGGUCUCCUGGGCCCUACUCCUUGGCAUUGGCUGAGAGGGCCAGGGGCCUUCUCACCUUCCUUAGACUUAAAUCCAGCCCUUCUUCACAUACCCACUGGGGCCAAGAACCAGCCUAUUUCACAGAUGAGAGCCCAAGGCUCAAAGAGUCCCCAGAUUUGGCCUCAGUUCCCCCAUCAAUAGGAUUUUCAGGACGUGCUGAAGCUUUUGGAGGAUGGGGCAACUGAGGUGGCCCUGCAGUCACCCCACAAGAGGCCCAGUAGCCUGAGGGCUACAUUGCCCACUACCACCCCAGCACAGAAUUUAGAACUGGAGUACAGUUGAGGAAGGAAACAGAGGGGCCUAGAGGCUCCAUAUUGCCUGAUCAGCCUGUCACCUUCCCACUGGCCAGAGGCUCCUCUAGGGCAGAAGCCUUGGAAGCACUCAUGUCCAUGCCAGGAAGCUUGCCUAGGCCACUGUUUCAAGCCCAGGGCCUGUCUUGCCCCAUUUCUCUACACUGAAGAGGCUGGAGACCCAGCUUCCAUCCCUGCCCCAGUUGUGCCAUCUCACGCUCAGGCACCAGCUCAGCACGGGCAGAUGUGGGGACUGGGAAUGGCAGACCGAGUCCUUUAGCUCCUCUCCCCAGAUCUGGAGCCACUUCUCAAAUGGGUGAUAACAGCCACACUGGCCACCCUCUUCUGGCCCCCAAGGGAGAAGGGCAGCAAGCACUGUCACCCUGGAGAAGACCUCCUAUCA